CGAGCAGCCAACGCGGACGGACGUUCUCCGGGAACUUGGACCUCGAGUAGUUUUAGAAAUCUAAAGCUCAGCAGCUGCAAAUCAAAUCGAAAAGAGCACCCAGCAUAAUCACAAUACCAAUUGAUCUCGUUUGCCUUAAAAAAAAAAACAGUGGUGGAAGCGUUACAUGCAUAUUUUUUUGCAACGAAGUGCAAUUUCUGAAUCAAUUUACGUUGUGUGCACAUAAUAUUUAAAGUCUGACAAUCAGUAUAAGUCACAAUUAGCUCUGAUAUCUAAAACCCAAAUCGAACGAAAUCAAAAAUAGUUGGGGUACACAAACAAAAACAAAAGUAGGAAGUGCAAAGAAUAAAUGGUUUAAGUGAAGCUAAACCUUAAUACGUUAUAUGUAUGUAUGUAUGUACACCUCCGCAUACAUAACAGCCUAGGUCAAUAUUGUUUAUAGUGGCGUGUGAAUGUGCGCAGAGAUAACAACAACGAUUGCUAGUUGCCUUGCCCAGCAGAUAAUAAAUAGCAAUCGCACGCACACUCGCAAAGUGGACCACACACUCGUCGCCAGAACAUAUUCACGGAAAUCGAAAACAACAACACACAACUGCAGAGACGAGCGCAAGAGAGGAGCGCGAUUCUAAACUUGAAAAUAAUAAUUUUAUAAUAUCAAAGCGAGAAGGUUGUGAGCGAGUGGCACGGGCACGAAAAAGGCCGAAAAGAACCGAGCGAGCGCCGCCGAAUGUUCACAUCAAGUAUACGUACGAGUACGAUCGCUUGCUCAGCGCUUUUCAGCAGCGCCAGUACUAACAAUAACAAUAACAAUAACGCCAUAGCAAUAACAAAACGGAAAACAGAAAACAGAAACAGAAACGUUCCUCUUCUAACGGUCUCAGUGUAUUUUGUAAUUGGUCAUCACCCAGUGAGAGAGUGGGAAUUGUCCCAGCGAUUGCGAUUACGGGUCUGUUCGUCGAACGCGGCGCAGUGAAAAAGUUUCGGCGGAAAACACUUGCCUCUGGUCGAUUCGCGUGCUUGGACGGACGACUUCCAUAGAAUUUUCGAAAAUCAGCGAAACAGUCAACAAGUGUUCAACAAUCGCCACAGUUAUCAAACACACUUUGGAUUACUUUUCGCAGUCAAAGAGGACUCAAAAACUGAAUUUUUCGGAUUUUUCUGAUCAAUUUUAUGACUCAGCCACAACCAACAUGGUUUACUAUUCCGCCAACCAGCUGCUCAUAAAAACGGAACAAACUAGUCAGGCGCAGUUCUGUCUUCAGGUGCCGCCCCCGCUGACGGCGACGACCGCGAGCGUGGCUCUCAGUCUCGGAGUGCCUCCGUCCGGCGGUCAGCAGGAGCAGUUCGAGCUGCUGCAGACGCCUCAGCAGCGGCAACUGCAGCUGCAGCUGCAGGACCAGCAUCACCAGCAUCACCAGGAGCAGCAGCAGUUCGUCAGCUACCAACUGGCAAUCCAGCAGCACCAGAAGCAGAAGCAACAUGAAAGUAUUACGACGACAACUCCGACGACUCCGACAACUGGAGCUGCCCCAGCAGCGCAGCGCAUCAAGACAGAGCCAUCCGGCCUGUUCCCAGCGGCGGCAGCUGUGGCGUCCCAGGUUCAGGUGCGCAAGCCGAGCGCCAACAAGCCGCAGUUCAAGUGCGAUCAGUGCGGCAUGACGUUCGGCAGCAAGUCGGCCCAUACCUCGCACACCAAGUCGCACGCCAAGAACGCCGACCCUUCGCUAAGUGCCGGAGUGGAAGCUGGUGCCGCUGGAGCCGCUGGGACCGCCUCAUCGACGGCCAUCGAGCUGAAUGAUGAGGGUCUUCCGGUGGGCAUACCCAAGAGCCCGACCAUCAAGCCCCUGGCCAACGUGGCUGCCGGAGCCGAUCCCUACCAGUGCAACGUGUGCCAGAAGACAUUCGCCGUUCCUGCCCGACUGAUCCGCCACUACCGUACCCACACUGGAGAACGGCCAUUUGAGUGCGAGUUCUGCCACAAACUGUUCAGCGUGAAGGAGAAUUUGCAGGUGCACCGGCGCAUCCACACCAAGGAGCGGCCGUACAAGUGCGACGUCUGCGGACGGGCCUUCGAGCACUCCGGGAAGCUGCACCGCCACAUGCGCAUCCACACCGGCGAGCGGCCCCACAAGUGUUCGGUGUGCGAGAAGACGUUCAUCCAGUCCGGCCAACUGGUGAUCCACAUGCGCACGCACACCGGCGAGAAGCCGUACAAGUGCCCGGAGCCGGGCUGCGGCAAGGGCUUCACCUGCUCCAAGCAGCUCAAGGUGCACUCGCGAACGCACACGGGGGAGAAGCCCUACCACUGCGACAUCUGCUUCCGGGACUUUGGCUACAACCACGUGCUGAAGCUGCACCGCGUGCAGCACUACGGCUCCAAGUGCUACAAGUGCACCAUUUGCGACGAGACCUUCAAGAACAAGAAGGAGAUGGAGGCCCACAUCAAGGGCCAUGCCAACGAGCUGCCCGACGACGAGGCAGAGGCAGAGGCGGAGGCAGCGGCGGCCCUGGCAUCCGCCGGCUCCUCUGCCGGUUCGCCGUCCAUGCAGGGAGUCGGCAGCACCUCCGAGAGCAGCAACCACUCGCCACCCAGCUCGCCGCCGGUCACAAAGAAGCCCCGUCAGGCACGUCCGCCGCGCGGACCCAAAGCAGGGCCAGCAGCCCUUUCCCUUGCCUCUUCCUCCUCCUCGCCACUCUCGCCCAGUUCGCUCAGCUCCACGUACUCGCCCUCGGCCACCAGCCUGGCCUCGCCGCCGCCCACGUCAGCCCACUACCUGCCCGCCCAGAUGGAGACGGAUGCCUUGAGCCGCGACAGUGGGGUGUCCAGCGCCCAGGCCGCCCACAGCUUUGCGGACGAGGAGCUGCCCACCGACCUGAGCAUGCAACAGGGCCAGGGUCAGGGCACGGCGUCAGGGCAGACUGCUGGAUACUACCAGGCCCCGCCAAGUCUGCUGGAGCUGCAGCCCCAGGCACCCGGGACAUCGAUCAAUCCCGCCCUGCUUGAGGCAGCCAACAUGGCGCGUCGCCAUCACGACAACGACGACCAAGUGCAGGACGAGGACGUUCACGCAGCCGCCUGGCAGAUGAUGCAGCUGCGCCGUGGUCACGGCUCCUUGCCUCCCACGGAGCCGCAGACGCAGAUGCAGACGCAGUCGCAGACCCACCAGCAACAGGUGCCCACCCUGCAUGUCAGUGAUCUCGCGGCCAACUACGAUGACACCCACGAGGCCACCGUACUGAUCGAGCACUUCAAGCGGGGCGAUCUCGCUCGUCACGGGCUCCACAAGGGCUAUGCGCCAGUCCCCAAAUAUGAAUCCGCUCUACCCAAUCCGGAUAUCGUGCGACGCGUGGAGGCGGCCAUCGGACUGCGAUCCAGCACGGAGUCCCCUGAGCGGAGCUCCUCGCCGGAGAGCGACUCCCUGAUGAUGGCCGACCGCAACGUGAUGACCCUGCCGCUGCGCAAGCGCAAACACUACAUGAACAAGGGCGAGGACGGCGAGUCGGAAAAGGGCGUGGGGGCUGGCGGAGAUGGGCCUGCCUCCGGCAGUGGCAGUGCCAGCGCUUCCGUUGGCGCCGGGGAAGGAGCCGGGUCGAAGGUGAUGAGAAUGAGCUCGGUCAUUCAGUUCGCCAAGGCCUCUUAGGGGUACGAGGGGUGUCCCCAAUCAGCAUUAAGACUGUCCAAACAAAUUCUAACUGAAAUUAGUUUAAGUUUUUUCUCUGAAGUUCGGGGUUAGGCCCAGAAGAACGAGGAGGGAUAAAGCAGAGCGAUCGUUUUCGAGCAGAGAAAAUGAGAAUGCCAAAAGUAUUAUAAAAAGAGAGAAAGUUUGUUUUAAAAUUACUAUUACUUCCUAUUACGUUUUAUUGGAACUCAAGAUGUCUUGGUCCGAUUUUUGUUAAAUGUUUGAUUUUUAAAAAAGGUUUCCAAUAUUGUAGAAUUUUCAUUUUAUUUUGGCAAAUAUAGUUUGUUUUCCUGUGUUGUCACUUAGUCAAAUUGCAACAAUUGGCAUUAUGCGUAUUAAGCAUUAGCAUAACUAAAAUAACUAUAUCUAAGAUCAUUUAACAAGACCCAACCCUAAACCGUACGCAGUAAUAAGUUACGUGCAUGAUUAUACAAAUAAUAAAAACGGUAUGCAAAGGCCACAUUGGCACUUAAUAUUUAUGAAUACCCCCAUACAACUAUUUAUUAUUGUAAUGAAUUCUGCUCGCCAAACUUCUUCCUUCUCCUCCACCAUUAGUGUCAACACCAUCUUAGACAUUUUAUAUCCAUCAUUUGAUAUGCAUUUUAUAUUUUAUAUAUAACGGCACAUAGUCUUUACAUAGGAAAGUAAUGAAAAGCGGAUUGGUAGUUUUAAUUUUACAAACGGAGAACAUUGAACUGAUACAAAUGAAGAAAGCCAGCAUAAUUAGGUCUAUGUAUUUUCAAACAAAAAGAUAGCAAAUAACAUUAAGUGCGCCAGAAAAUAAUUUUUAUAAACGCAGGGUUAAUAUCUAGGACUAAAUUGUAAAAUCAAAUAUUGCAAUAAACAUCGCAAAUGAAAUCAGAAA